UCAAGCCAAUUUGUCGAGCGUCUGCUUGAUGGCAGCCGGGUUGGCGCCAAUGACCUUGCCGACCAACUCGCCGCUCUUGAAGAACAACAAGGUUGGCAUCGACGUCACCUCGUUGGACGCAGCCACCGAAGGCAACUGGUCGACGUCCACCUUGUAGAACUUGGCGGACGAGUAGUCGUUGGAGAACUUCUCCAGCAUUGGGGCAAUCAUCUUGCAAGGCCCGCACCAGACGGCGAAGAAGUCGACUACGACCAAGUGUUGUGCGGCGAUUGCGGUUUUGAACUCGUCUUCGGAUUGGAUGACAGUGACCAUUGUGUUGUUGUUGCUGUUGCUGUUGCUGUUGCUGUUGCUGUUGCUGUUGCUGUUGCUAGUCUUUGCUGCGGAGGCGGCAAAUGGGUUGUUCGAGUUGUACGGGGAAGCGUUAGCCUGUCUGGUCAAGAACUUGUUGAUCAACACGACUAUGAGCACCAGAAUCACGAAGUUCAACAUUGCCCGCAGACGCCCGUCCUCUGCGUGCCAGCCUGGGGCUUUUUAUAAAAAGACAGGCAGACACACCGUCUGCCUGCUUCAUGUGGGCGGCGGCCGUGGCGGUGGCGGCACCGACAGAGCGCCCGCUGCUCACCGUCUGCGAUUAAUAAUGGCCUACGACGCCGACGCAGACCGCCCCGCCGCCGGCCCAGCCGCCGCCGGAUUAGUAAGAGACCGUGCCCUCGCCCGCGCGGCGGGGCAAAAAGGGGCAAGCGGCCGAUCGGCCCAGCACCCGCGCAAUGUGGCGCAGGCGGCGCGGGAGCGGGCAGGGCAGGGCACACAGGGCACACGGGCCGGCGGCAGCAGUGGGUUCCACCAGCAAGCUCGCCGGCCCGCCGGUGUCCCGCACCCACUCAGGAUUCGGGACCACCCACACCAUCCGACUCGCCUGCCCGCUCUCACACCCUCCCUCAGCGCAGGGUCUGCCUCUGACUCUACGUACCACAGGCAAUGCCAGUGCACGCAUCGCCUGGUACUGCGUCGUACUGCCUCGUACUGCCUCGUACUGCCUCGUACUGCCUCGUAGUGCACCACUGCUGGUGUCUUUAUCGUCACGGUUCCUCGUCCGGGUUCUGCUGUGAUUGGAGUUGCCCUUUUUCGGGGCCGGCAGGUUGUUCUGGAUCCCCCUCCCUUCUCACCCGCCAUCUGCACGAAGCGUCUGUCUCGACCCCGACCUCGACCCCGACUCGCCGCUACCCCCGUCGCUGUCGCCUGUGUCAAUACUCCUGCCAUCGCAUACUGUUCUUUGUUGGCAGGCCGUCUUUCUUGCUAUCCCACCGUCCGGCCCGUUUUUGCUGCAUCUCUACUGGCUCCGGGUGUCGUCCUAGUCCGGUCUUUG